GGUUCGAUCAGUUGAAAUUGAAAAGCACGUCCUUUUCUCGGCCAUAAGAUGAAAGGAUUGAUUUUUAUACAUCUGAUUUGUUUUGCCCUAGGGGCGAACCAAACUUUGAAGAAUUUGAUAUCGGAUGGACAUUAUGUUCCUCUUAUUGAAGAGCUCUCUGAGGUCAACGCUGGUCAAAAGAUGGUUAUACUCAUUGAUGUUGAAACGAAUUCAUCACUCAGGACUUGUCUUCAAAAUGCCUAUUCCAAUAAAAAUGUCACAUUGUUCUGCAUCCAUUUGCCAAAACGUGAAAUACCGGACAUUGAAUAUCAUAUUGAAACUAUUGGUGAUAACGUUGCAGAAUUGAUUUUCAAUAUGUGCAAGAACAACACAAUAAAUAUCAACAAUUUGGAAUUGGUUUGCAAUGGCAUCGGAUGUGAUGUGGCAGGAAUAGCUGGAAAAAAGUUUACACAACGGAAACUUAAUGAAAAUCAACUAAGAAAAAUUCCAAACAUUAUCGCUUUCAAUCCAACUGGACUAAAUAAAUUCGAGGACUUUGACUUAAAUUCGAAUUUACAACCAGAAGAUGCAGAUAAAGUUGUUGUUUUCCACACCAACGACGCAUUCAGAGGUGAUGGCACGAGAUUAGGAACACUUGAUAUUUUCUUAAAUGGCGACGCUUAUCAACCUAGCUGUGUUUCAGAAGAAAAUGCAGACAAAUGUUCACACCAAUUUGCGUGCGAAUUUUAUGCUGGAUUAUUAACUAAUACUGAUGUAACAAUGAUCGCAUAUGAUUAUGAAAAAUUUGUAGAAGCAAGAGAGGAAGGAGAUAUUCAUAUAGCGCAAGGUGAACAAUUAUCUAGUUUGGACCAACUCUUAAGCAAAACUGGAUCGUAUAUUGUAAAAACUACUCCAAAACGUAUGUUUUCAAUUAAUUAAGUUAGUUAAUUAAUUAGUUAAAGUUUAUAGACCGAGAGCAGAUGGGAAAAGCAAGGGGGGUUGACGUAUAUGAGAUUGGAG